CAGGGGAAGAUGGCGCUGGAGGCUGGCGACAUGGAGGACGGGCAGCUCUCCGACUCGGGUUCUGACAUGACGGUGGAAUCCACCGACAGGCCGCCGCAGGUGCCGAAAGCGCUAGGUGGUGAUGGUGCUGCAAGGGCCUUCCAGAGUGCUGCGCCAAUAUCACGUUAUCGUACUGUUAAAAGCGUGGAUUCAAGUGAAGACAGUUUUUCUGAUUCAGAUGAAGAUAGCUGUCUUUGGAAACGCAAGCGACAGAAAUGUCUUAACCCUCCUCCCAAACCAGAGCCUUUUCAGUUUGAGCAGAGUAGUCAGAAAGCAAUAGUAGCUGGAGGGAAGAAGGUGAACAACAUCUGGGGCGCUGUUCUGCAGGAGCAGAAUCAAGAUGCCGUGGCCAGCGAGCUGGGGAUCUUGGGGAUGGAGGGCACCAUUGAUAAAAGCAGGCAGUCUGAAACCUACAACUAUUUGCUUGCUAAGAAACUCAAGAGGGAAUCUCAAGAGUGUACAAAAGAACUAGACAAAGAGCUAGAUGAAUAUAUGCAUGGUGACAAAAAAGCAGAACCAAGGGAAGAUGAAAAUGGGCAAGGGCACCUCAAACGCAAACGACCCGUCAAAGAGAGACUGGGGUGCAGACCAGAAAUGGACUAUACAGGCCGGUAUGAGCUCACUGAGGAUGACUCUCACGAGAAGGUAGCUGAUGAAAUUUCUUUCAGGUUACAGGAACCAAAGAAAGAUCUCAUAGCUCGAGUAGUGAGGAUAAUUGGGAACAAAAAGGCAAUUGAACUUCUAAUGGAAACUGCUGAAGUCGAACAAAAUGGUGGUCUUUUUAUAAUGAAUGGUAGUCGAAGAAGAACACCAGGUGGCGUUUUUCUGAAUCUCCUGAAAAACACUCCUAGUAUCAGUGAAGAACAAAUUAAGGACAUUUUCUACGUUGAAAAUCAAAAGGAAUAUGAAAAUAAAAAAGCUGCUAGGAAGAGGAGAACACAAUUAUUAGGGAAAAAAAUGAAACAAGCUAUUAAAAGUCUGAAUUUUCAAGAGGAUGAUGAUGCAUCACGAGAAACUUUUGCAAGUGACACAAACGAGGCACUGGCCUCUCUUGGCGAAUCCCAGGAAGGACAUGGAGAAGCCAAGUUGGAUGCAGAGGAUGCCAUUGAGGUCGAUCAUUCUCACGACCUUGAUGUAUUUUAAGUCCAUUUGGGACAUUCUGAGGAGUAGGCCUUUCUCAGAUGGCAUUGUAAUAAACCAUCUCUACUGAGAUUGCUUUGUUUUGCUUUGCACUGAUAGACAUGAGAAU